UGUGUCGAGCACAGCAGCAGUGACGUCUCCAGCCAACUGCCCACCAGGAGUACUCGGGAUUCGCACGGAGGGGAGGAGGCGCCCCAAUCGGACCAAUCAAUCGAUAAAUGGGCGCCGAGCACUCGCAGCAGCGGGCGGAGGCCGAUGGCCACGAGAUCUUCGACGGGCGACAGGCGGCGGUACCGGGAUCGGGAUCUGGAUCCUUUGCCGAUGGCAGCUCCAUGAUCCUGGCGGCCACGGCGGCGGCCAACAAGCGACGCGGAGUGGGCCAUCGCGGUGGAGGAGCAGGUGUCCCAGGUCUGGGACCUGGAGGAACACCCGGCGUACCCGGCCCCGCUAGCAUUGUAAUAGCUAGCAAGCAGAUCAUCGCCGAGGCAGCCUCGCCCGGCGGCUCCGAGCUGAGCAGGCCGCCCUCGCCGCCGCUGAGCGUGUGCUCCGACCUGCCGUACGUCUCCUACACGGACCGGCCCAUCGGCGACUCGCCCAAGAUUCGCAGCAAGCCGGCGCACAUGCUGCAGCAGAGCAGCGCCAGCCGGGCGGCGGCCAGGAAGUCCCAUCCGGGAGGGAUCACCAGUGCGGUGAAGCCGAAGCGACCGCAGUCCACGGCCUCCAGUCACAACAUUGUGAUCGUGCGUCCCGGGGCCAGCGAUGCUGGCGAAGAUGUGGACCCCGACUUGGCCCGGCUGCGCAACAUACCGCAGUUCCUGCCGGUGCUCCGGGAGUCCAUCACCUCGGCCACGUAUACGCGCGACGCGGAAAUCCUGGAGCGGCUGCACUCGCAGCACCUGGUCAACAUAUGUGCCCGCAUGCAGACGCACCUCAAUCUGUGCGCCAGCUAUGUGGCCAGCGAGCAGAACCACCUGGUGGAGCGCACCAAGGUGGUGAGCAACUCGAUCACCACCCUGUUCGCCGGAUUCGUGGACAUGCAGAAGACGUACGCCUCGUAUGCCGAGCAGUUCGCCAAGAUCCGGAGCGUCUCCCAUCAGCUGAGCCGAUGCAAUUCGCUGCUGCACGAGAACAUCGCCAGCUUGGAGGCGAUCAACAACUUCCUGGACGACGAGGACCGCCUGGAGCCCUUCGUCUGGCGCACCGACGACAACAAGCUGCGCGGCGAGGCCGAGGGCGCCACCGGGGGCAACAGCAGCCGGCUGUGGCGGCUCUAGGAUCCAAAACCUUAUCCGAAUCCGGAUCCGGAUCCCCCCAUUUACUGAUUGGUCUCCAAAGAUUUUCUUAGUUCUUAAUCUUCAUGUAUUUAUUGUGUAUAAUACUCGUUAACGACGCCGCUUAAUCGUGAUUUUUAAUUAGUAAAUCGAACUUAAUAAUUAAGCUUCUUUUCUGUCUGUAUUAAUAAUAAUAAUAAUAUCAGGUUGAUGUUUGAGUUUUUCCGCACAAGAUCGUCAAUAUCGAUCUAGAUAAACUUGAUUAACGGCGACAUCUCGGAACAUAUAGAAGCUAAAAAAUAUAAAUAUUGGAUACGGAA